GCGCGGGAUGUGAGCAAAUGUAAACAAACACAAAUGGUGUAGGCCCUCCUAAGUAAAGAUAACUUCUUCGGAAGGUUACCCUAAGUUAUGUCAUCGUAUUUGCCAUCAGAAUUAGCUCGGCUAAUUCUAGGUUAUUUGGAGGAGAAUGGGUUUAAAAAAUCAUCUCAAACUCUACUCAAGGAAGUCCCUGAGUUGGCUGAAUUUUCCAAGUUACGAAAACAAGGAAAGAAGAUUAAUACUCUUGUUGGUAAUAACUCUUUAGAAGAAAUUCUUAUGGAUUUUUCAGCAACCAAAGAUCAUGUGCGAGAAUGUCUAAAAAAUCAUCCAGCCACUUUUCGAAAUGUUCCCAAAGGUGCAUCUUUAUAUGAGCAAGUUAAAAUUAUUACUUCACUUGCUUCUAGUAAACGAAAUAAAAACCAGCAUUUGUCCCUUGGGGUUUAUGGAAGCGGAGGACAGACCACGCGCACUAGAUGGCUUAUAAAACAGUGUAAUGAUGUCAGAAAGCAUAAAGAACAAUCUGAGGAUUCUCACUCUUCUCAAAACCUAUUAAUGGAAGUCAAUGCAACACCAUCUGAAAGCUUACCAGGCUCAAACUUGCACCAUCCUAUUCAAGUUGAUGUUGGGAAGAACUGUGACCAGGGUCACCUUAACUCAGCUUCAAGUAGUCCGUUAGGUACCCCUUGCACCAUUUCUACAGAAUUUAAUGAGAAUACAACAUGCCAGAAUACUUCAUUUUCUGUGACUGGUCCAUAUUUUGAAGGAACGCAGCAGAAGAGGAAAGGGCAAGCUAAGAGGAGGAGUGCUGAGCAGUCCACUGCAUCGAAUUCUAGCAUAGAGAGUGAAGCCAACUUUGAAAAAAUCCUGAAGAAUUUAUAUGAAAACACUGCCCUCCAUGAAAAGAUAGCAGAGAAUAUCAAUAAAGGAUUGAAUACUCAGGGUAAGUUGUUUGGUGUUUUUAACUCUAGUGCUUCAAAUGCUGCGAUAAUCUCAAAUUCGGAAUCCGCCUUUGGGCCUGAAGGAACACACCCGAGCAACGUUAGUAGUCAUCUUCAGAAUGAAACUGUUAAGGACAGAAGGCUGUCAGGAGAUGGCACCAUGGGAGAUGUGGCUCUUAUUAAGGAACUUGAUCACAUUGUCACUGGCAUCAUAACAGAAACAACAUCUGACCCAGUGUUUGAAAACCUUAUUGAAGAAGUUUUUGGUACAAGUUCAAAUCCUCCUUUGCCAUCCAAGAAAUGUGGAUCUUGUCAGUCUGGCCAAGAUCCUUCAGUAGAUGUUAUGAGUACGAACUCCAGACCCCUAUCUACCCCUAUCCCUCCAUUACUCACAUCGGAUAAAAUUAUAUCUUCACGAAGUAAUUUCUGUAACAUGCUACACUCUCCUGCAAGUUCCUCCUCUCUGCCAGGGUUUCCAACAUUAGAUAAUCAGUCAAGUUCAAAUUCUCAGCCACCGAUGCAAGCUGCCGUAAGCAACUCUGGACAGAUUUUAACCAGGAAAAUUUCAUCAAAAAAGAGUUCUUCAAAAAUGCAAGUAUCAGAAAAAGGAGAGAAUAUCAUCAGUAAUGUUUUAUCAGUGAGAAGUUCCCCUAAGUUCAGGCAAGAGGAAUCUGAUUGUAUGUCAUCACCUCAGUGCAAACCAGAUUCUGGUUCUUUGAAUGUGGAUAAAAAUAACUACUCCAAAGAGUGUUUCAUUUCAAGCAAAACCAAUUCUUCAUCUGAUAACUCCCAGAUUUUAGGAAAAGAAAAACAAAUGAGAAGAAAACAAAAAACAAAGGACGAUGAGAAAAAACUAGGAGAUCAGUUAAUUGAAGAGUUUGCUCAGUUCCAGUCAUCUCGUCCUGACAGAAUUAGUGAAAGUGAAGGGAGCAUUGAAUGUGAAAAGUCAGAUGUUUCGGUCGCUGGAGAGGAGAUUAGUGGUGUUAGCAGUCCAGAAUAUGUCUCAUCACCUGUAAGUAAGACAGUUGAUUCACCACCUUCUGAAAGCACUGUAAGUGUUUCAAGAAAACUAUCUGGUGGUCAUGAUAGCAUCAGUGCUUCUCCAAAGGGAUCUCCAAAAAAAUCUGAGGCUGAGAUUGUUUCCACUGAAGCAGAUAGUGAUGUUAUUGAUGGUUCCAAAGCAGAGGAUCUUCCAAGAAUUAUUAUAAGUAAUGAAGAGCAUACAGUGUCAGUUCCAGAUUGUGCUGAACAGACAUCUGUUGAUGGUAGUUCUCAGAUUCCUUUCCUUGUGAAUGAAUCGAAUGAUGAUGACUUUGACAAUAUACCGUCCACCGAUGCAGGUGACAAGAGUUCACAAUUAUUGGACCAAAAUGCACCCAUCACCAUUAAGAGUUCAACAAUUCCAGGCCUUUUUGGUUGUAGCACAAUUAAUGUAUAUGAAGAUAACCUCUACCCUGCAGAAGGUAAUGAUUACUAUACUCUUACAAAUCUUGAACCUGUAAACCCCCAAGGAUAUGUUGUUAAUGGAGAAAUUCAUCAAGACUACGUGGUUUAUUCAUCGGCAGAUAACUUAAAUCUGGAAGGGUCUUCCCAAUAUGUUUAUGAAUCCAGUAGAAUUUGGAAACCAGAUACCAGUAAUGCCCAGGAACUGAGUAGGAAUGAUUAUUCAAAAGUAUCUCAGCCUCUCAUCACUAGUAGAGAUGGUAUCUGUAUUAAUGGUCAGUUGGUUGAAACAGGUCCAAUAGUUCAACAAGGAGCUCAGAUUGUGACAACCCCAAGGAAAAAUACAACCACUAUUCUCUUACCACCUAUACCUCAUGAAGAGAUUGACAGUGGUUGUGUGAUAUCUAUCGGAGUUGGAGAUCUAGGUAAAACGGAUCCCAUCAUGUUAUUACAGCUUCCACAUUCAGGAAUGUCUGGAUCAACUGAUGUUCCACAGUCUACAUGUUCUGUUCAGGAAAUGAUGCCAUCAACAUCUAAAACAAUGUCAAUCAGUACACCUGUCACAGAUACUAAAAGAGUAACAAGAUCAUCAAAAUACCGUGCAGGCACAACCCAUGAAAAGCUUGAAAGCGAUGUUGCAGUAUCAUGCUCAGCGAGAUCAGGAAAGAAGAAAAAAAAAUCUAAAAAGAAAAGAAGUACUACUAGUAAGAUGGGUAGACCCAAGAGAAAUACACCAGUUCGCAGAAGACCAUCCUUAUUUUUUGGAAGUCCUAAAGCUGUUUGUUCAAAUGACAUAAUUGAAACUGCACUUUCAUUUGCUUUAAGUUCUUUAUCACCAGUAAAAAUAACAAGUAAGGAUGAUGACAACCAUUCAGUACAAGACUUUUAUGAAGACAUUUCAUCUGUGAAGGAUUCUAUCAGUGCUGAACCUAGUGAUAUGGAAGUUCUGCAACAUAUUACAAGUAAAAGAGCAAGCAAAUCUACAGAAGGACAAAUAGUAAGAGCACCAAAGGCUAGCAGUGUAGGUUUAGAAACCACCUUUGAUGUUACAGAAAGUACCUCCAAUUGUCAGAAAGAAAUCAAUGCUCCAUCUGAUAAGGAAAUAGCUCCUAUAGAUUCUAAGUUAAAAUGUCCAACUACUUUAUUAUCUAUAGGGGAUAAAAAUCAUUCUCCUCAAUUAAAAGCCUUACUGUCACUUUCCUGUAGCCUUUCGCCUACUAAUGGGCUUCCCCCAAGAAAUGCAUUUUCAAUGUACAAAAGUCCUGCCCAUAUUUCUACAAACAGGGGAAGUCAGAGCACACCAAGGCGCAAGACUAAUCAUGUUAGGGUCCUUGAUUUUAGCACGCCUCGAAAGAAAGCUAGUCCUAAUAAAUCACAAAGAAUUACAAAAGGGUUAAAGUUUUCACCACCUAUGAAUAAAAAGAGUAAAAUGUUCUCAACACAUGGGAAAUCCCCAAAAACCAUGUCUUCAAAGAAGAAAUUAUGCAGCAUUGCAGAAAAUCAUGCCACAUUAAACAGUGCAGACAUGUCAUUGAUGGAAAAUGCUGAAGACGUAAUUCAGGAAGAUGAAGUCCUCUCUCAACGGAAGGAUGAGCCAGAGUAUCGUUAUUUAGGGAAAGUAAAUGAACAGGUAAUCCAAGAUGCGGAAGAUGAAGAAAAUUUUGUUUUACGUAUCGAUGAUGAGGACACAUGUAAUUCACUUCUUGAGAAUCCUGUUGAAGACAGGAAGCUUCAAGGAACCUUGCAAGCUAAGGAAAGCAGUUUGCUCCACUCUCACUUUUUAAGUGAUGAUUCUAAAUUGCAUAACAAUGGCAAAGAACCAGCUAUGAUUAGUUUACGUGAGACAAGUAUUUCUCAUGAUUCAUUAAAUUCACAAAGUUCAUUUUGCUAUUCAAGCAAUCUUGUAACCCCAUUCAAGGCAAACAACUAUCACCAAACUCCAAUUGUAUUGGAAGCUCCUACACCCUUUUAUUCAAAUGUGCAAAUGUCUUCCCUACCAGAUGAUGACCUAAAUACCCCUUUAUUGCAAUUGCCAGGAUCAGCUCUGAAAACUCCACUCAUCAAGGACUAUCCGCAAGGACCUUACUCUAGUAGUUCAGCAGGUACAUCUUAUUAUCAACCAUCGGAACAUUCUGUAACUGAUUCUGAAGGUUUUUCUCCUCGUAGGUUGUCAACAGUUUACGAAAACUCUAUCACAGAGGAAGUUAGCAAUCAUUCAGAAGUGUUGGAUCCCAGUGACAUAAGUAAAGGACCUGAUAAUAGAAUUCGUUCAAUGUGUGAGAAAAAAGCAAAUAUCUUAUCUCCAAAACUAACAAGGAAAGAGAUGGGAGAGGUUAUUGAACAAGAAAUUGAAAAGCAGUUUUCUCUUGGCCCUGCACUGGGAAAGUCUGUUGCAUCUGAGAAAUCAGGAGAGACCAACUUGCAUUAUAAUGAUGGAGAAGAAUUGUCUAAGGAAGAUUCUUAUAGACUUUUUAAGGGAAAGCUCUCGUUGCAAAAGAAAGUUCCUGCUAGAAAUUAUGACAGUGAUAAUAGCAUAGGGGUAUCAGAUAAUGAAGAUGGUGACACACCUAUCAGCAAUGUAAAGAAUAGUUGCGGGAAUAGCAGUUCAUCAAAAUCAUCACAGAAGGAAGCAGAUGCUUGCCAAAUACAGGUUAAAAAACUAGAGAAAGAUAAACUGUUAUACUUGGAUCAAAUUAAUGUUCAUUCUUUGGAAGAAAAUGAAGAUGCUCUUCUUAGAAAGCUCGAGGAAAGAUUAGAAAUGGGGAAAAAUGUUGUUUCUCAGUGUAGUAGUAAAAAAGCAGCAAAACAAAACAACUUGGUUGCAACUUUGUCUGAUAAUGAUGUUAUUAACAGUAUAGAAAGUGGUGUCCAUAGUAAAAAAAAUAGUUUGUCCCCUCAAGUGGGUGCUGCUGAAAAUGCUGGAGUACAAAGCAAGGUUUCAACUUUAGUUCAAGAAAAAUCUGCCUCAGAAUCCAUUACUAACACAAGAAAAUGUUCCAAGUUUUUGGAGACCUUUGGCUCUGGUGUUAGUUCUUCAGAAGAUUCUGAAUCAGAGACUGUCCCUGUUAAAGGGCUAACUUCAAAUAUUACUAGAGGCACUGAGGAAAAUCUCAAGGAAGAUAAAAAGACAAAAAGGUUGUCUUCUGACAUUUUAAAUUGUAGGAAAGUUGAUGAGAAUAGUUCAUCAGAUGACUUUGAAUAUGACACAGAUUGUGUAAAAUAUCAAUUGUCAGAUGUCAGAAGGGUUGCUAGGCAAAAUCUUAAGAAAAAUAACACAGAAAAGGUGAAAUCAAGUGUUCCAGAUUAUAGAGGCAAAAAUCAUGGAGCAAGAGGUGAUCAAUCCAGUAACUCUGUUUGCUCAUCAAGUGACUUGGAUGCCAACAAUAAGGAAUUGAGUAAAAAAGAUACAGUACAAAAUUUAAAGAAAAAUGUGGCUAAAAGAUCAACAGAUUGUGCGGAUCGCAGUACAAAUAAGCGAGCCAAGCAGAGAGCCAGGAAUAAAAUUACACCAUUGGAUGAGUCUCAACCUGAAAUGGAAAAAUUCUGUAAAGAGAAGAUAUCUACUACUACGGGAGCCGGAGCUCAAAAUCUUGAGGUAAAUGAUUCCACGAAAAUUGCUUCAUCAGAUUCUUUAAAAUUAAAAGAUAAGCAGGAUAGGACAUUGAAUACCAUUAUUUCAUCAGAUAAUCAGGAAUUAGAGACAGAAGGAUGCAUUGGAAAACAAUGCUCCAUUUCUACAAGAAAUAUUGCUGAAAGUAAAAUAAAGCAAAAAUCAGAAGCAUCACCAUCUAAACAACAAAAUGUGAGAAGAAGCCAGCGGUUUACAAAGGGCAAGCGAAGCAUGACAUAUUCUGAAGAACUGAUGAGUGAAGUUCAAAUGUCAUUUGUUAACCAAUCCAGCAAAGUUAAGAAGAGUAAAUUAAGUAAACUUAGUAAAUCUGUGAAAGAAAAUGAUAGACCUCCAGUAGAGGAAUCCCAGAAAAGUGUAUUACCAAAUAUAGAGGUUCAGGAAGUAGUAAUUGAAGCAAAAGUUCUUCUUCAUCCUGAAGGAAAAGAUAAUGAUGUUUUGUUGAAUCCGAGUCCCACAAGGAAACGCUGCGAGUUGAAAUCUGUUGAGUCGGAAAUGCAUCAUGUAAGUAAAACGGAAGCCAAGUUGCUAUUGGGGAGAGAAGGGAGAGACACUAGAGAUAUUAGGAAACCACAGAUUGAUCAAAAUUCUAUGAGUGAAACAUGUACUGAUCAAAGUACAAAGGAGAAUAAAUUAAUCAAAAAUAAAAAAUUAAAGAAAAAGCAUGGAAAUGAAAGCUCACAUUCUUCCCCUGAAACAGAAACAAAAGUUAUUUGCAAACAGACAAAGCUAAACAGUGGGGGCAGAAAAGAAGUGAAGAUUACCCGUAAAAGUUGUAGAUUAACAGAAGUUAAAUCCCUUGAAAUCAAUGAGAAACAGAGGUGUAAGGAAAACCUGUCAACAUUAAAUCAAUCCAGUGGCUUCAGAGAAGAAAAUAAUGAGGAAAAGAAAGGACUACAUCUUAAUGAUAUUUUGCUGAGUAGUGGUAAGGAAAUUUCUGGUGAAAAGAUACCACAAAACGUGGCUGUAAAAGAAUGUGAAAAGAAUAAGAAUGUAAGCAAGUUCAAUGAGGUUCAAACAACAAAGGAGAGCUCUCCAGCAGAUCUAUGCUUUACUUUAAAUGAUGAUGGGGUGAAAGGUAAUUUGCCAAAGAAGGACAGGGACAAACUCGUAAAAGGGAAUACAUCACCCAGUAAAGAAAUUGUAAUAAAAAGUGGGGAGAGUGAAAAGGAUGCUGUUUUCAAAAAUGAAGGAAGAAUGAGAAAGAACGAAACCAAAAUGGCUGCUCAUGGAUCUGAAAAUGAUCUAAACUUUCCAGAAAUCAGUGAGGCUGACAACAAGAGAGUCUUAUCUAGAGAUGCAAGUGAAUCUCCUGAUAUAAUUGGAGAGGCAAGGCCAGAGGAUGAGAAUACUAAAGCAGGACCAGAUUUAUGUAGAAAAAGUUCGCCAUUCUCUGUAUGGGGGAAAAUUACAAGUACUGGCUGUAAUAAAUCCACAAGUGAACAUAUUGGAAAGGAGAAAGUUUUACCUUCUAAUAAAGAUUUAUAUACCCACUGGUCAAAGUGUUUUGAUGCAUAUGGGAUGUCUCCAGAUGUGAAUGUAAUUGACACAGAUGAAGAGAGCCCAAGAAAACAACUUCUUACAUCUUUGCAAGAAACUACCGUGGUUUGUUCUUCAACAAAAAAUUUGCAGGAGAGAAAACAUACUCCUCUUGCCAUGGGAUGUGCCCGAUUAACACCAUAUUUAUUCAGUCCAGAGAGACGAGGAUUAUCAAAGCAGUUGUACAUUGAUUGUGCUGGGGAGGUUCAUAACAUUACACCAAGGCAUCGCAAGCGGUGUAGGCCAGACAGCAAUGCUUCUCCUGUCUCAGGAUCUCCAUCUCCUGUCACAAAGCGAUACUCAGUUUGCUCAGAAGUUGAAGGUGUCAUAGAGCCCUGUAAGGGUAUACCUAAGAUACCAUCCGAUACUGAAGAAAUAAACUCAGGUAGCGGAGACUCCAGUAGUCAUGGAACAUCAACAAACUUUGGCAAUGAAAUAACACUUCAUGGAUUAGACCAGACAAAUGCAAGAGUUUCAGAAGAAUCAUUAUCAUUCUUGGAUAGUUGCCAUGUUUCUGAAAUUGAAGAUCAUUUAAAAAUGUUUGAUGGUGCAUACAUUGCAGCAGCCACCUCAGCUAUUUUGUCUGAUACUGAUGAGAAAUCUAAUGGUGUAAGUAGAAUGGCAAGUGAAGAACCUUAUGUAGAACUAAUAGGAUCGUCUCUAGAACUGAAAAAUGAUUGCCUCAUGUCCUUUAAGUGUCUGCCAUCUACACCAGAAAAACAAAGAACAGAAAUCUGCCAUUCUCUUGUCAAAGAAAAAAAGGCAUUGGUAGCAUUUCCAAGUGUAUCGAAAGAUUGCCUUUCGCCUCCUAAGAUAAAUAAGGAGUUGCAGUAUCAACCUCACAGAAGAAGGAACUUGUCUGGUAAAUCAGGAAAUGAAGUCCAGGGCUUUCAAAGUAAAAAUAAAAAAAAUAUGAAUGAGAAAAGUCAAGUUGAUUCAUCUUAUAAGGUUGGGGAUGAUGUGCAUUCUGAAUUAGAAAAACAUGGUGAAAACCACACAAAGCUGGAGGAAUCAAACAUUCUCUCAGAAAUUUUUGAGGACAGUGAUAGUUCAUUGGGUUGCCAGCCCAUUAGAAAAUCUCCGUUAGGAACACUACCUGCUAAAGCUCAACUAGUCACCCAUUCUGUUACAAGUCCAGUCAUGGAAAAGACCCAGAGUGAUGAGGAAUUUCAUGGAUCUCGGUCCACUUACACUGUGGAUGAUGAAGAUAAGCUAGCAAAGGUAGAUGAGACGGUUAUGAAAAAUGAAAGUCAUGGAGCCUCAUGUUUUGAGUCCUCUAAAGAUAAUGAAGAUGGAGAAACUUGUACGCUUCGAUAUUCUGAUAUGAUUGAUAUAUUCUCGCAAAAUUUAACUCCUAAAAAACACGCUAGACGAGUCACAAAAAAGUUUGUGAGAAAGAGGGAUGAACUGUUAGAUGUUAGCUCUGUUACUUAUAAAAAAGAUAGUUACCCAAAGAAAACUUGCUCACACUUGAAAAUGACACAUGGAGAUAUUCCAGAAAAUAAUGACUCUGUUACAAGUGUUUCUGCAAGUCAUGACACAAAAUCAGGAAUGACUGACUUGGUGUCAGAUAAAGAAUUGAAAGAUCAAGAAGCACAAAUUGGAUCAGAACCAGAGAAGUGCAAGACCUCUGUCCCUAAAUUAAGUCCACCUAGAAAGAAACCACGUAGGAUUCAACCAAUCAGAGUUGGAGAAGUCAGUUGGAAAAGUAGAAGUACUUCCUCCUCUGCUGGAUCUUCAAUUGAGGAAAGAGGGGAAAAUGAUUCGGGGAGCAGUUCAAAAGGCAAGGGAAACCAAAGUGAGAGAAGUGUUUGUUCAUGGUCAAGCUCGAGUCCAGGUCCUCUUCGAAUAUCAGAUUCCCCACGAGAUGUAGAUUCUCCUGCUGCAAAUUGUGAUAAUGUUUUUGUGCCUUCACCCUCUUCAUCUCUUCCAAAUUUACAAAUACCACAACGGUAUCAAAAUAUUUCCAAUUUUAUGAAUUCAGAAGUAAAGGUUAACUCAAGUUCACCUUACAAAGAAUACUCCAGCCAUGUUGCGGAAGAACUUUCAAGAGAAAUGGAAAUGAUUUCUGACGUUGUUGAAUCAGAGACAUCACAAGAGACAAAUGAAACCUUUGCAAUGGGGAGACAACGGAAAGCAAGGCAGAUGUCAAGAGAGCUGGUUGCUGGUAUUAGCGUUGAGGUUACCCACAGUCCAAACAAGAAUGUUGCAAUUUAUACUACCUACCAAAGAGAGGCUCAACCUGCUCUGGUUAGUGAGGAAAGUACAAGUAAUAGUGUACCAUCCAUGGGUUCUGUCCCUCCCACCCCUGGAAAGCACCUUGUUGUUCCUCCUGCUCCAGCACAAACGCUUCUGCCAUGGCAGUUUCCUACAAGUUCUAUUGCUCCAGUU